AUGGGAGAAAAGUCGACCGCAGCGGCUCGUACUCCAGCGAGGACGCCGUCCGCAGCGAAAAAGGCCGGCCAGGCGCCCUCGACGGGCAAGCAACAGAGCAUCCUCGGCUUCUUCUCUAGGACAGCUGCCGCCGGGAAUACUGGUGGGCCGAGCCCCUCGCCAUCUACCAAACAAACGCCCAACAGCAAGAAGGAACAAAAUGGGGACUCUUCACAAUGCUUGAAAGAGACAACUCGGUCCAAUUCGAUGCUCAUAUCCAGACGCACCACCACCGUCACGCCCAUUGCCAGCAGCGAUGCAAUUGAGCCCUCGAGCUCGCAGGAGAACAGAGAUGAGAGCAAUGCCAAGGUGCUUAGCGUCAACCUUCCAUCGUCGACUUCACCUGCUGAGAUCCUGGAGAAGCAGAAAGCAAGCCUGCAUAGCAGCCCGUCGCGCAAGGCAAAAAAAGCCAUAAACUACGCCGAGUCAUCCGAUGAAGACGACGAUGGUGUCUUUGCCGUCUUGAAUGCCAGGAAAGCCAGACAAAGACGUUCCCGUCCCGCAAUCGCGGAUGAGGAGGACGAGGACAACUAUGAGGCGCAGGCCAACGACUUUGACGAAGCCGACGAUGAUGAUGUAGAUAAUUUCGUUGUUUCCGAUGAAUCAGAUGCGCCUUCCCGGUCGAAGAAAAGAAAGCGGCCUGCCCCGCAAUCAACAGGCCCACGCAAGAAGUCAAACGUCUCCUCAUCUCCAGAUGAUGCACGUUCCCCACUAGCGGACGAGGAUGAGAUGAUGGAGGACAUUCCGCCGUCAACCUCGACCGCCCAAAAGUGGAAAUACAAUCCGGAUGACGUUCAGCCAAGCGAGCCUUCGUCCCGGGCGCCCAACCCUACUAAGAAGCCCUCAGGCCCGAAGCCGAAGCCGAAGCCUCACACCAGGGAGCCUGAAGAGAGGUAUCCGUGGCUGGCCAACAUCCUGGAUGGCAAUAAGAACCCUCCUGGGCACCCAGAUUUCGACCCAGGCUCCAUCUAUAUCCCACCGGCAGCUUGGAAAGGAUUCUCUGCCUUUGAGAAGCAGUACUGGGAGAUCAAAAGGAACCUCUGGGAUACCGUUGUCUUCUUCAAAAAGGGCAAGUUCUACGAGCUGUACGAGAACGACGCAACAAUUGGACAUCAGCUGUUCGACCUCAAGCUCACCGACCGCGUCAAUAUGCGGAUGGUUGGCGUCCCGGAGUCUUCGCUGGACAUGUGGGUCAACCAGUUCGUGGCCAAGGGCUUCAAAGUCGCUCGGGUUGACCAGAUGGAGUCCGCACUGGGAAAAGAGAUGCGCGAGCGUGACAGCAAGGCGAGCAAGGCCGACAAGAUCAUCCGCAGGGAACUCACAUGCAUUCUGACCGGCGGUACCCUUGUUGACGGGAGCAUGCUGCAGGACGACAUGGCCACGUAUUGUGCAGCCGUCAAAGAGUCUGUUGUGGAUGGCAAGCCCGCAUUUGGCAUUGCCUUUGUCGACGCAGCUACCGGCCAGUUCUUCAUCUCCGAGUUCGAGGACGAUGUCGAUUUGACAAAGUUUGAGACGUUCGUCGCGCAGACAUCACCUCGCGAGUUGCUUUUGGAGAAAUCACGUCUGUCAACCAAGGCCCUGCGUAUCUUGAAGAACAACACCGGACCUACUACUAUCUGGAACUACCUAAAGCCGGGAACCGAGUUCUGGGAUGCCGACCGCACAAGGCGUGAACUGGAUUGCAGCGACUAUUUCAAGCGGGAAGGUGGAGAAGAGUCCUGGCCAGAAAAGCUCAAAGAAGUCAAGGAAAAGGACCUAGCCAUGUCCGCCCUGGGAGGGCUGACCCAUUACCUCCGUGUCCUCAAGCUAGACCAGAACCUUUUGUCCCAAGGAAACUUUGAGCGGUACAACCCUAUUCAUCGGAAUGGCACACUGAUUCUGGACGGCCAAACCCUCAUCAACCUGGAAAUUUUCGCCAACUCUGCCAACGGCGGCCCUGAGGGCACACUCUUCAGUCUUCUCAACAGGUGCAUGACGCCGUUUGGGAAGCGCCUCUUCCGGCAAUGGGUGUGCCACCCUCUGUGCAAUGUCCAGAAGAUUAACGAGAGGCUUGAUGCGGUGGACAUGCUGAAUGCGGACAGGGGCAUUCUCCAGCAGUUCUCAUCCCAGAUGGCAAAGAUGCCCGAUCUCGAGCGGCUAAUCUCCCGUAUCCACGCUGGCGCUUGCAGGCCCGAUGACUUUGUCCGGGUCCUCGAAGGAUUUGAACAAAUCGACUACACAAUGGGCCUUCUCGGUGCGUUCGGCGGCGGCAACGGGCUAGUGGACAGGCUCAUCGCGGCGAUGCCUAAUCUCAAGGAGCCUUUGAGUUACUGGGAGACAGCGUUCGACAGGAAGAAAGCUCGCGAUGAGAGGGUGCUGGUUCCCGAGAAGGGCAUCGAAGAGGACUUUGAUAGCAGCCAAGACGAGCUCGAGCGGAUCAAGGACGAACUACAUUCAUUGCUCGAGAAACAAAAGUCGGCGCUAAGGUGUAAGACACUCAAGUUCACAGACGUGGGCAAAGAGAUCUACCAGAUUGAGGUGCCCAAGAACGUCAAGGUGCCUGCGAGCUGGCGCCAGAUGUCUGCGACCGCAGCCGUCAAACGCUACUACUUUAAGGACCUUGAGAACCUAGUGCGGGAGCUCCAAGAGGCAGAGGAGAUUCAUUCUCAAAUCAAGAAGGAGGUGGCUUCAAGGUUCUUCAAGCGGUUUGACGUUGACUACGAGGUUUGGCUUCAGGCGAUUCGCAUCAUAUCGCAGCUGGACUGCCUCAUUAGCCUGGCCAAGUCGUCCUCUGCUCUGGGCGUGCCCAGUUGCCGCCCGGUAUUUCUGGACGAUGAGCGGAGCGUGGUGCAGUUCAAGGAGCUCCGCCAUCCUUGCAUGGUCAACACCGUUGCUGACUUCAUCCCUAACGACAUCAACCUCGGCGGCGACGAAGCGAAGAUCAACCUGCUCACAGGCGCAAACGCAGCGGGGAAGUCGACAAUCCUUCGAAUGUCUUGUAUCGCAGUGAUAAUGGCCCAGAUAGGGUGCUACGUGCCCGCCGCCUCAGCUCGCCUGACCCCGGUCGACCGGAUCAUGUCGCGCCUCGGGGCCAACGACAACAUCUUUGCCGCCCAGAGCACCUUCUUUGUCGAGCUCUCCGAGACGAAGAAGAUACUCUCGGAAGCGACGCCGCGCUCGCUCGUUAUCCUCGACGAACUCGGGCGUGGCACCUCGUCGUACGACGGCGUCGCCGUUGCCCAGGCCGUCCUACACCACGUCGCGUCCCACAUUGGCUGUGUCGGCUUCUUUGCUACGCACUAUCACAGUUUGGCGACCGAGUUUGAGAACCACCCAGAGAUAAGGCCGCGCCGCAUGCAGAUUCAUGUGGACGAUGCUGAAAAGCGGGUUACCUUUCUUUAUCGGCUGGAAGACGGCGUUGCGGAGGGGUCGUUCGGUAUGCACUGUGCAGCGAUGUGCGGUAUUCCUUCGAGGGUGAUUGAACGGGCCGAGGUCGCGGCCAAGGAGUGGGAGCAUACCAGUCGUCUAAAGGAGAGUCUGGAGAGGGCGAAAACGGGAUGCUAUAUCCCCUUGGGUGUGCUGAGUGAUGUCGCCAGUCUACUACGCUGCGGUUUGGAGGAAAGGGAAGGAGAAGAUCGCGAGUGCGAAGUCGAUGAACGAGGGAUUGAGGUCUUGCUUCGUGCUAUUGAGGCGCUCUGA